AUGGAUCUAGCCCGGUCCAUCGUAGCGCCGCUUGUCCCGCAGAAGCACACACACACGAUCAUCUUCCUGCACGGGCGGGGGGACACGUCGACGAACGUGGCGGACGCGCUGCUGCGGUGGUCGCGCGAUUCCGAAGGACGGUCGCUGAUGGACGUGUUCCCGAGCGUGCGGUGGGUUUUCCCCCAGGCCGAGGACCGGCUCGCCGAGAUUCAGGGCGUCGAGGUACCCCAGUGGUUUGACGUCUGGAACAUGCUCGACUUCACCGACAACGAGGAGCUCCAGGUGUUUGGGCUCCGCGAGAGCGUCGAGAGCCUCCGCCGCAUCGUCCGCGCCGAGGCACAGCGCGUCGGCGGAUUGCACCGCGUCUUCCUCGCCGGCAUCAGCCAGGGCGGCGCCACCGCUGUGCAUACCCUGCUGCACCUCGGGCAUCGCGAGGAUGGGGAGGUGGAGGGUGUGCGUCCGUCGAGGCUCGGUGGGCUGAUUGGGUUUUGCCCGUGGCUGCCGUUCCCAGGGGGUUCGCUGCAGGAGACAAGGGAAGUGCUCGGGCUAGAAGAGGAAGGGGGUUUAGAGGUGGAAGGAGAAGAAGAAGACAAGCUAGAGAACGACGACUUCGUGCGGAGGACGCCGGCGUUUCUGGGACACUGCGCUGACGACCCGAUCGUGUUUGUGGAGUACGGGAAGCAGCUGCGGGAUGCGCUGCGCGGGUUCGGCAUGGAUGUCUCGUGGCACGAGUAUCCCAGCGGCGGCCACUGGAUCAACUCACCCAAGGGAGUCGACGACGUUGUCGAGUUCCUCAAGACGCAGGGGAUACCGGCUGCGGAAUGA